AUGUUCCUUAAAUGUCUGUUCUACGCUUUUCAAUUUCUUGGUACAGCUCCUAUAACUAUCAAAGCUUUGGGCACGAAGAAAAACAAAGCUUGUCACUUUUUAUUCGUGUCUUCAAGGCUAGGAAUAUUGCAUAACUGUAUUCUUCUAUGCAUAUCGUUACCUACCAUAUACUUAAUGAUCGAAGAUAUCUUGGCUAGGAGCUUCUUAAGGAAAAAAACAAAUUUAGAAUUAGUAAUUGAUGGUGUUUGUGCAAUUUACGUUGUCGUUCCUGCCUUCGCAUUUCUGCUCAAAAUCUCUAUCAGUGCGGAGAAAGCGAUAAUGAUAAUCAACAAACUCAAUGUUAUCUAUCAAAAACGGAAGAUCGAAUUUAAGAAAGAGAGCCCGCCUGUCCUACUGCUUAGGCCAGUCAAGAUAAUUGUUUUUACGAAUGUCGUCCCGUUAAUCAUUGGCUGUUUCGUUAGCGGUCAGCAUCACAUUUCAAACCUUCUGCCCCUACCGUCUUUUCUAACAUACCAGAUGACUUUCAUGCAGUACACUCUAAUUUUAAAGCUUCUUCAUUACUUGUAUCAAUCUACUAAUACCGAAUUACAAUCGGUCCUGAGAUCCAAAGUUCCCAUAUUCAUAGUUCAUAAUCGAUUUUUGGGAAUUGACUCCCAAAGGAUUUCAAAUAAGAUCGAACUACUGCGCGAGAUUCACGUACUUUUGUGCCACCUUUCAAAGGAAGUAUCCGAUUUUUACGCGCUGCCAAUGUUUUUUUGCAUUUCAAACAAGUUUUUGAUAUUGGUACAGUAUUUCUACUAUGCAGCCGCCAUCCUGUCAGACAAGCAGGAAACAGCGACACAGUAUGAAAUUUUGAUAUUAACCAUAUGGUUUACGAUUGUAGAGGCUCUCUCGCUAGUGGUUCUUGCUAGGGUUGCAGGACUCGUGGUUAAGGAGAGUAGGAGAACUGGUGAGAUCGUUGGUGGAUUGAUAGCAGAAUGUCCGAAUAAACUGAUUUUAAAACAACUGAAUGGAUUUUUUUGUCAUUUACUGCUCGUGCAAGUAGAUUUCAACGUGUACAACCUUUAUCAAAUUAAUGAGCCUCUAUUGACGUCGUUCACAAGCUACAUUACAACGUACAUAGUUAUACUAUUACAAUUCAAAGGAAUUAGCUGUCCUAGCGACUCUACAGAUCACACAGAAAAUGUGUCUACUCCACCAUCUGUAAACUGA